AUGCGGGACGAGCGGCUUCAGCAGCGCCUGUUCGCAAAGGCGAAAUUGACCUGGGCCGACGCCUACAAUGAAGCCAUCGCAGCGGAGACAGCGGACAAAUCGACCCGUGAGGUGCGUCAGCGUCUGGCUGCAACAGAGCUUCGCGUUCACCACCAGGGGUCCGAAGGAGAGCGUGAGGGCGCGGCUGAAGACGUCUGCGCUGUGAAAGGGCCUACGAACCAGUGGACCCAAUCAUUGUUGGUGGCUGAGGGGAACAGAGUGAAUUUGCUGGGGCUUGACUGGUUUGAACCGUUGGGAAUUGCUAUUUCUGGCAUUAAUAGUGUAACGAAGAAUAAAUGGGCUGUACUGUAUAAGGAAUUUACUGAUGUGUUUGGGGGUGGCCUGGGAAAAUAUACGGGACCCCCAGUAGCGUUUGAACUUGAUCCUGCCGUGAGGCCAGUUCGCCUCAAGUAUAGGAAGGUUCCUAUUCCUCUUAAGCCCAGAAUUGAAGCAGAGCUGGACAAGCUCAUCGAGCAGGGCGUGUUAGAGCCAGUUCCCUUCAGUCGGUGGGAGACCCCCAUUGUGACCCCUGUUAAGCCGGACGGGUCAGUACGCAUCUGUGCUGACUACAAAUGCACCAUAAAUCGGGCAUUGCAGCAGCACUCGUACCCAGUACCGGUAAUUAGCCAUGUCUUGGCAUCGUUGGGGGGGGGGGAAGUUUUUGCGAAGUUCGACUUGGCCCAGGCUUACCAGCAGCUCCCCGUGACCAAGGAAGCUGCUGAGGCACAGACCAUUGUAACACACAGGGGGGCGUUCAAAGUAAACAGGCUCCAAUUUGGUGUGAACGUGGCCCCAGGGAUUUUUCAGGGCCUCAUGGAAGGGCUGUUGAGGGGGGUACCAGGGACAGUCCCUUAUUUUAAUGACGUUCUCAUUGCUGGGAGAUCCGAUGAGGAACUUAUGCACAGGGUCAGAGAAGUGCUCAAGCGUUUCCGUAAGGCCGGAUUGAAAGUAAAACAAUCCAAAUGUUUGAUAGGGGUGGAUAGCGUGGAAUUCCUGGGGUUCAGAGUGGACCAAAAUGGCGUACACCCCACAGACGAGAAGGUGAGAGCUAUCAAAAAUGCCCCUUGCCCCAUGAAUAAAAAAGAGCUGCAAGCCUUCCUCGGGCUGCUCAAUUUUUAUCACGCCUUUCUCCCCCACAAGGCGUCCGCGUUUGAAGGGGUGAAAUCAUUGUUGUCAUCAAAUGCAGUGUUGACCCAUUACGAUGACCAGAAAUUGUUGGUCUUGGCCGCAGAUGCCUCUCCUUAUGGGGUGGGGGCGGUAUUGAGUCAUGUACUGGAAGACGGACGGGAGGCCCCCGUCGCGUUUUACUCAAGGUCGCUAUCUGAAGCUGAGAAGAACUAUGCUCAAAUAGACAAAGAGGGACUGGCGCUGGUAUCAGCAGAAAAAUUUCACGAUUUCUUGUAUGGCAGACAUUUCCUACUUGUGACGGACCACAAGCCGCUGCUUGGAAUCUUUGCCCCGGACCGGCAACUUCCAAAUAUAAUGUCUGCCAGAAUGCUCCGUUGGGCCUUGUUUUUGUCGGCCUAUGACUAUGACCUGGAGCACCGGCCGGGCAAGGCCAUCGGACAUGCGGACGCAUUAAGUCGUUGCCCGCUGCCCGGCCGAGAUUUGGACCCUGCGCCAACGGCCUCUGUGUUGGCCAUCGAAGAACUGCCGCAAGCACCCAUCACCUCCAAGGACAUUGCCGCUGCGUCGGCUAAGGACAGUGUAAUUGCGAGAGUUCUUAACUGGGUUUGGAGGGGGUGGCCGAUGGGUGCUAUGGAGCCGGAAUUUCGCAUGUACAAAGCGCGCCAAAACGAGCUGUCUGUGUCUAAGGGCUGUUUACUGUGGGGAAACCGGGUGGUGGUGCCUCACUGCCUCAGACAAAAAGUGCUGAAAUCACUCCAUGAGGGCCAUCCAGGCAUGGUCCACAUGAAGGCACUGGCCCGUGGUUAUGUGUGGUGGCCCGGGCUUGAUGCGGAAAUCGAGGAUUGGGUCAGAGUGUGUGAGCCCUGUCAGCAGGCUAGGCCUGAGCCGUCAACCGCCACUCCGCAGCGUUGGGAGUCGGCGGGAAAACCUUGGUCGAGGCUCCACCUAGAUUUUGCGGGGCCAGUUCAGGGACAAAUGUUCCUUAUUAUUGUUGAUGCGUAUACGAAAUGGUUGGAGGUUGCGCACAUGCAUUCCACCACUUCCGGGUCUGUCAUCAAUGUGCUGCGGCGCCUGUUUGCGACCCAUGGUAUACCCGAUGUAUUGGUCAGUGAUAACGGGACGCAAUUUACAUCUAUGGAGUUUGAAAAAUUUCUGGCUGAUAACGGAAUCAGGCAGAUUACAUCGGCCCCAUUCCACCCGGCUUCGUAUGGCCAGGCGGAAAGAAUG